GACCCUUCCCGGCCGCCGUCGGCGGGGUCGGCGGCGGCCGCAGCCAUGUCGCUGCUGCAGUCCGCCCUGGACUUCCUGGCGGGGCCCGGCUCCCUGGGGGCCGCCAGCCGCGACCAGAACGACUUCGUGGGGCAGACGGUGGAGAUGGGCGACAUGAGGCUGCGCGUCCGCAGGGUCAUCGCCGAGGGUGGUUUUGCUUUUGUCUAUGAAGCUCAGGAUCUUGGAAGUGGCAAAGAAUAUGCUUUAAAGAGGUUGUUGUCUAAUGAGGAAGAAAAGAAUAAAGCCAUCAUUCAGGAAGUUUGUUUCAUGAAAAAACUUUCAGGCCAUCCCAACAUUGUCCAGUUCUGCUCUGCUGCAUCUAUAGGAAAAGAAGAAUCAGACACAGGACAGGGAGAGUUUCUUCUGCUUACAGAGUUGUGUAAAGGACAGCUGGUGGAAUUCUUAAAGAAGGUAGAACCCAAAGGACCCAUCUCCUGUGAUACAGUUUUGAAGAUCUUUUAUCAAACCUGCAGAGCUGUGCAGCAUAUGCAUAAACAGAAGCCUCCUAUAAUCCACAGAGAUUUAAAGGUGGAAAACUUGCUAAUUAGUAACCAAGGGACGAUUAAACUUUGUGACUUUGGUAGUGCUACAACUGUAACUUACUAUCCUGACUACAGCUGGUCUGCACAAAAGAGAGCACUGGUUGAAGAAGAGAUCACCAGGAAUACAACACCAAUGUACAGGACACCAGAGAUGAUAGACUUGUAUUCAAAUUUUCCAAUUAGUGAAAAGCAGGACAUUUGGGCUCUGGGCUGUAUCCUGUAUUUACUCUGCUUUAGGCAACACCCUUUUGAAGAUGGAGCUAAACUUCGCAUAGUCAAUGGAAAAUACACUAUUCCACAAAAUGACACCCGCUAUUCUGUGUUUCAUGAUCUCAUCAGCUCUGCCUUGAAAGUGAACCCAGAGGAGAGAUUGUCAAUCACUGAACUAGUGAAUCAACUGCAGGAGAUUGCAGCAGCUAGGAAUGUGAAUCCUAAAUCCCCCAUCACAGAGCUCCUGGAACAAAAUGGAGGCUAUGGGAACAAUGCUCAACCUCGAAUGUCUGUAACCUCGAUUUCGCAGAGCUCCAAGCCUGCAGGACAGCUCAAUAAUAUGUACAAUGCAGGCCUGACUGUUGCAGAAUGUGACCAGACUUAUGGAGGGUUCUUUGAUAUUCUGAGAGGAGGAACAGAACGUUUUUUCACAAAUAUUAAGGAUACGUCUUCUAAAGUUAUCCAAUCUGUGGCCAAUUAUGCAAAAGGAGACUUGGAUAUAUCAUACAUCACUUCCAGAAUUGCAGUGAUGUCCUUUCCAGCUGAAGGUGUAGAAUCUGCCAUCAAAAAUAAUAUAGAAGAUGUGCGGUUAUAUCUGGACUCUAAACAUCCUGGGCACUAUGCUGUGUAUAACCUUUCUCCAAGAACAUACAGGCCUUCAAGAUUCCAUAAUAGGGUUUCUGAAUGUGGCUGGCCAGCAAGGCGAGCGCCAAAUCUUCACAAUCUCUACAGUAUAUGCAAGAACAUGCAUUUAUGGCUGAAACAAGAUCAGAAAAAUGUUUGCAUUGUGCACUGCCUUGAUGGAAGAGCCGCGUCUGCUGUUGUAGUUUGUUCUUUUCUAUGUUUCUGUCGUCUCUUCACUACUGCUGAGGCUGCAGUUUAUAUGUUCGGUAUGAAAAGAUGUCCUCCUGGUAUUUGGCCUUCUCAUAAAAGGUAUAUUGAAUACAUGUGUGACAUGAUGGCUGAAGAACCCAUUAUUCCUCACAGCAAGCCAAUCCUUAUUCGAUCAGUCAUCAUGACUCCAGUUCCUCUUUUCAGUAAGCAGCGUAAUGGCUGCAGGCCUUUUUGUGAAGUAUAUGUUGGGGAUGAAAGAGUAACCACUACCUCCCAGGAAUAUGACAAAAUGAAGGAGUUCAAAAUUGAAGAUGGGAAAGCAGUAAUUCCACUAGGUAUAACAGUUCAUGGAGAUGUGCUCAUUGUGAUCUAUCAUGCCCGGUCAACACUAGGAGGCCGACUACAAGCCAAGAUGGCUUCUAUGAAGAUGUUUCAGAUUCAGUUCCACACAGGCUUUGUGCCCCGAAAUGCCACCACAGUGAAAUUUGCUAAGUAUGAUCUGGAUGCCUGUGACAUUCAAGAGAAGUAUCCUGAUUUAUUUCAAGUCAAUCUGGAAGUGGAGGUGGAGCCCAGAGACAGACCUAGCUGUGAGCAGCCACCAUGGGAUAACAUGAAUAUAAAGGGACUGAAUCCCAAGAUUCUUUUCUCUACCCGAGAGGAACAACAAGAGAUUUUGUCAAAAUUCGGGAAACCAGAGCUGCCUAGACAGCCAGGUUCAACUGCACAAUAUGAGGCGGAAGCAUCCCAACUGGAGCAGUCUUCAGAAAGUGCCCCAACUGAGACAGAAUCCUCACAUAGCAGUGGUACUGAUGCAAAUAACUUCUCUCAUUCUCUGGAUUGGAAAGAAGGAAAAAGUCCAGAAAGUGGAAUAGACAAUAAUUCAUCCAAAAAUGAUCAUGUUCAACUAUCUGAUGAGAGAGAAGAGAGUGAUCCUUCAGAUGAGGAAUUCCCUGCAUUUCCAUGUGAAGAAGGGGUAGUAAUUGUUGAUGAGCGAGACUCUAGUACUGGGGAAGGAGAGUUGCCUUUUGAAGCCAGUUUUGAAGCUCCAUCUGCAUUGUUAAAAAAACCUCUCACUGAAGAGAAUGUAGAUUUACUGGGACUGAUCUCUGAUGUUUCACUAGAACAGAAACAACCUGUCUCAGAAAUAAGCUCUUCAACAAGUAAUGCAGACUUGUUGAACAAUCUGUUUGUGGGUAGUGCAUCACAGAUCCCAGAAGAGUCCACUGAAGAUCUUCUUGGAGAAGGAACAUCCAUGUUUUUCAGCAGUCAGUCUCUGUGUUCAGCUACUAAUCAGAUGGUGGAUUCACUAUCAGCUGAUCCUUUUGACCUGUUCACAUUGUCAUCAGGUUCUGAGAAUCCAUCCCAGCCUAGUGCAGGCUUCUCUAAGAGCAUGCUGAAUGCAAAUGCAACAUCUACUCCUAAUACAUUUCUUCCUACAAGUAAUUCAUUUCUGUCUUCUGGUUCAGAUUUCUUGAAUUUAGAGAACUUGAGACCAGAUACAUCUAAAAUGUCAUCUUCUACAAGCUACCCAGAUCUCAUUGGUGAAUGGGAUUCUUGGGUAGAUUAUUUUGGACCUAUCAAUGCACCAUCGGCACAGAUGAAGUCUGCUUUUGAAGGUCAAGUUAUUACCACAGGAAGUCAGUCCAGUGUGUCUUCAGGUCUGUCCUUCAGCCAGGCUAAGCCUCAGAACGUUGACCCUUUUGCUGAUCUUGCCAAUCUUGGACCUGGUCUUUCAGGUUCCUCCACAAGUGGAUUCUCCGGUAGUGGGUUUGGUCAGAAGACUGCUCCAUCUCAGAAGUUAGGAAAUCAGUGGCAGAAAUCCACAAAACCACUAAGUACUUCGUGGCAGUCCCAGACUAAAUCCAGCACUACAGCUAAACCCAAUUAUACAGGGAACUUCAGUGUUAUUGGAGGACGAGAAGAAAGAGGAGUCAGAACCCCAAGCUUUGGUCAAAAGCCAAAAGUUUCAGCAAAUGACUUUGAGGAUCUCUUAUCUAAUCAAGGGUUUUCAGCUAAAUCUGAUAAAAAGGGACCAAAAACUAUUGCUGAGAUGAGAAAGCAAGAAAUGUCAAAAGAUAUGGACCCCUUGAAACUGAAGAUUCUUGAAUGGAUUGAAGGAAAGGAGAGAAAUAUCAGAGCAUUAAUAUCAACUCUUCAUACAGUGCUUUGGGAAGGGGAAAAUAAGUGGAAACCUGUUAGCAUGGCAGAUCUAGUAACACCUGAACAAGUAAAGAAGUACUACAGGAAAGCAGUGCUGGUAGUUCAUCCAGAUAAGGCCACGGGACAACCUUAUGAGCAAUAUGCCAAAAUGAUCUUCAUGGAAUUGAGUGAUGCGUGGUCAGAGUUCGAAAACCAGGGGUCCAAGUCCCUCUUCUAAAAGUUCGUCUUCUAUUGAACUACUUCCAAAAACUGGAGUUGAGCAUUGAUGUGACCUUUUCACCUAUGAUUUAUGAAGUGCUUUUCCAUGAUUUCAGCACAGUUUGCAAUCAUGCACUUAAAUGUGGUGAUGUAUUUUGUAAGAUGUGGAGUACAAAGCAUUACAUAGAUGCGUUAAGAAAACAGCUGCUCAGUACUUGAAGAAAUCAUGGUCUGGGGAUAAAGAUUUUUCAGUUUUAUAUAUAGUAAAAUGGAAUUUUAAUGAAGUUCCAUGAUCUCUGGUACACUAGUAUCAAUUCUAAAUCAUUCCACUUCCGCUGAUCUCUGCUUUAUCCUCUUCAUUCCCCAAUUUGUUAUUUUCAGUAGUUUCGUGAUUCAGUUUUGAUGUUUCGUGCCUGUCACCUUACUCAUAGUGCUUUAGUUAUCAGUAGUAAGUCUGUUUGGAUUAUUUCAAGUCUGAAGGUGUAUAUUUUCAUGUGUAUUUUAUGUAAUCAAUCUGAUAAUCAUUCUGUAAAUAAUAUUUUCUGACAAUACCUAUGUUCCUUACUAUAAAUUAACAGUUGUUUAGCCAAAAAGACCUCAGUUGUAGGCAAAGUCAUCCAGGGUUGUUCUUGAUUUUCUUUUUUGUUUUGUUUUUUACAUAUGAAUCUAGAAACAAGUCUUGGCUUCAAAGUCUGCAUGUUCCUGCUCUGUUAUUUAUUAUGAACCUUUGGAAGGCAGUACUUAUUUUACUAAUUCUUUAAAUGGUAUCUUUUCCAUCUGAUUUCAGUGGAACAUGCUUUCCAUUGGACUUCAGACAUUGAUAAAAGUGUUAUUCUGGAACUUGACGUGCAAGCACAAAACAUAAAACAUUUUGCUCUGCUUUGAUUUGUUGUCAGUGAAUGCUACAUGUUUUAUCAUCAUCUAGAGAGCAUUUAGAGUUUUAACACAUUUUUGCAGCAUGUCUGAGCUUAUGUAUUUUGAGAUAACGCAUGACAGUGUAUGUGCAAACAUGGGAUGUAUUGGUAGUGUUGUAUUUCUGCUCAUCCCCCUUCCAUGCACCAAGUACAAGAUGAGCAGAGGCCCAACGUAAGAACAGAACGUGCCGUGUUCUCAUCCCUACUCAGAUGGCAGUUUUCACUAGGGAUGAAAUAAGUGAAUGCAGAUGGCCAAUGACUGUUACAUUCUGUACAGUUAUGAAAUGCAAUUCUCAAAUCAGAUUUGAAAAUGUCAAAAAUCAGCAACAUCUGAAAAGGAAAAAAUAGGAUUUUAAUGCCACCUGAACAGUGUAUUGGAUGCAGUUCUCCACUGCUGAGCUGGCCGGAGAGCCUGGGGGUUAGAGACCUGUGAACAAAAGUUGCAAUUCAGUCCAUGUUCUAACACUAUCAACUACUUUGCUGAUGGAAUAUGGUGUGUGUAUGUAUAUGCACAUAUAUUCAGCUACUAUAUUUUUUUUUGAAGUCAGAAGCCAGGAUCAGUUAUGGAUCAGGAAGGCUAUGUAUUAUUUGUAGUUGCAGUUGUAUUUCAGUUGCAACUUUGAAGCAGUCUUAAGUCCCAUUAGAUUUAUUCUUCAUGAAAGCAGGUAAUUCACUUUCUGACUUUUCCCUUGAGACGCCUCAGGGUUUUUUUUACGUGUGUGGUCUGCAUCCUUAGAAAUCAAAGGCUUGUGGUAUGUUCUGUGUGUUUGAAACCUGGUUGGCUUCUUACAGUUCUAAGGCAAAUGAUACAUACAGGCUUAAGUAUAGACAUGUAAUGACUGACUGCACUCCUGUCUACAGUUGAAAGAGAAAACAUUUCCAAGGGAGCUGCUUUUAGUAAGGAAAAAAGUAAGGACUAGAAAAACCAUGUUCCUUUCAGCACAUUCAAGAAACUUAAUUUUGAGGGACACAUUUUAAAUUGCUCUCUUCUUGAAUUGAAAUUUUGGAAGAAAAUCUUCCUCUGCAUUGAAUGCUUGGUAGCAUUUUCUGGAUGACAACUAUGUUUCUCUGGUUUUAUUUGUCUGCUCCUAUUUACAAAAAAACUAAUUACAAAAAUUUUCUUGAAGAGCAGCCUUAGAUACAAUUUUAAGUGAGCAGGGAAACAUGAGCACAGGUGUUUUAAUUGGAACCAAAGAUCUCUUGAAAUUGACUGCCCCUUUUUAAAACUACAGAAACAGACAUUUGGCUGUGGGAUCUUCCAAGAGCCAUUUGAUACUUAAACUUAAUUCAGGUUGACAGGAACCCUCUACUUAUUUUACAGGUUAAUCACAUCUGGUCCUCAGUGAGGAACUGUCCCAUUUAUUACUCUGCUCCUUUCUACUUGCUUGAAUUUUACUGUGAGGAAUCUAGGAGGGGUUCAGACUUCAGUGAACUUUCAAAUUGUUAAAUUUUGCUUACAGGGCGUUACUGAAAUCCAGUCCUUAUAAAAUCCAGCUUCUUAUACAGUCCUGUGUUCAGCACAGCUAACUGACACAGUUAAACAAAAAUUCUAAACCAAAAUGAUUUCACUGUCUAGAUUUAAGUGGUGAACACAGUAAACUGAAGUUUUGUUUUUGAUAGUGCAGAAUGAGGACCAGUAAAGGUGCUUCAUUGUCUAAAGCUAAUACAUAACAUUUUUUAGUUAUUGAGAGUAGGGAAGUUAAGGUAAACUUUAUAUAGGGUUAUACUGAGUCUUAAUGUUGCUUUUAAAUGAGAUGGCCAUUUGGAAGAAGAAAAAGUCUAGAAGUUCUGUCUGAAUUCAUCUUAGAAAUAAAAAUGGUUAAAGCAAAAAACAAAACAAAACCAAACAAACAGAAAACACGCCACCUGGGAAUGAGGACUUUUCCCUUGCUCGUGCUCUGUACUUCAUUGUCAACUUGUUGAGUGCUGCUGUAUGGGAGAAAACUGCACCCAAACCAUUACGCAUACAUUUCAUUAUAGCUGGAAGGCUUUUCAGAAUAGGCUACAGGAAAAAUGAUUAAGCCGAGAUUUGAUUUUAACUGAUACUGUGAAUCUUUUCUGGGUGUAAAAUGCAUAUUUUCCAUUCAUGCUUAUUCAUUGCACGCAUUUUGAAAUGUUGAAAUGAGGUGGUCUGCCAAAUUUCUAAUGCGGCACUUGCAUUUUGGAGAAUCUCCUUGACUCUUGCAGCAGGUGGUUAUGCUUUCUGGCCCAUGUUUGUCGUUCCUUUCUAAUGACAAAGAAUUGAUACCAUCUCUUUGCAGCCUCCCAGUAUCCCAGUUCUUAAACAUGUCAAGCUACUCAAUUUUAUUGCAAGAGCAAGGAGAAAAGAAGCAACAGAUGAAAUGAAGAGUAGAGAAGAAUAUCUAGACUCUAACCUACAUCUCAAAUGGUGGUGUUGUGUUUGUUUGUUUGUUUGUUUUUUUUGUAAUUCUCCCUUUGCUUUUCUGGAAUUCUCCCUUUACUGACUUGUUUCUAUCUAUCCCUGCUAAAGAUAUGUCUCCAGUAGGUCUGUAGUCUGCUUUUCCAGCCCUUUUAGAAGUGCUACUGACUGGUUAUAGACCGGUGGCAGUAACCAAGUGCUUGGCGUUUUUUGCAGAAGUUGCUCUGAAGUAGGGCCUUUGAAUAGGCAGGGCAGAUUUCUGCUAGUUAGUUCUGAAUUAGGUGGUUGGUUACGUUACAUUGUUAGUGGCAACUCUGGCAACUUCUUUUAGAACAGAAAUCUGUGAAGAAGACUAUGUUAAGAGUGUAUUUGGCUAGGACCUGCCUUACGGAGAAGAGUAAAGCGUCUUGGCCAUGUUGUGGAAAUAAGUUUUAGCCUUUGGCAUGGUCAUUUGGUGUUUGUUAGUGCUGUUAGAUUUCCUUGAACUUAAUAGCAGGGAAGAGAAAUGAAAGCGAGCAGUUAAACAUUUGCAUUCCUAUCAAAUCAUAGAGUUAAGCUCAAUACUGUGAGUGAAUACUGAUGCCCAGGCAUCAAGUCUGGGAGGUAAAGUUCCUCUGUGUUGUCACUUGGGUAAAGUUUAGGUAGUUUGCUAAUUAAUGGUAGCUUUCUCCAGCACAUACAGUAUGGGAAGCUGACAGCAGUGCUGAUUAAGUACAUUUCCAUGGAACAGUGGCAGUCUUCGGCUUUACACCUCUGAGGGUAACGACUGAUCAUGAAAAACGCCUUGUUUACCUCAAUUUUCUUGUUAAUUCUAAAAAGUCCCUCUAAAACUGUUUUGCCAAGCACAAAGUAGCACCUCCUUCCUGAAUGCAGACUGUCUCUAAGCUGCAUGCAGAGGAUUAAUAUUUUGCACGAACCAAAGCAGAGUUUGAGGAUAACUGAAAUCUCAGCUGCCCUUUGGGAUUGCUGGGUUACUAUUUUUUUUUUUUUUUUUUUUUUUUUUUUGCUGCUUGCAGAAAUAUUUCAGGGGAUACAUACAUGUGGGAACUUUUUUGCUUCUUAGCUCUGUCCUUAAUUGUCUAACAAUUGCAGUGUAAUGAAUGCUUUGUAAAUAGGUUCAAAAAAGUCCUGUACAGUUGCCUGUGCUUUGAGUCUGCUGAUGUCUUCUGUCAAGACCUUGCAGGUGACUGACCUGCAAAAGCUGUAGAAAGAACUUCUUGCUUCCCACUGCUUGAGUCUGUCCCUGGUGCAGAGUAGCUCUAGCUACCAGACAUGGAGACUAGGAGCAAAGGGUGACUCCGCUGAAAUGUGGUUCCAAUCUUGAUCAACCUUGGAGUGCUUGCUUGCUCUGUUUGGGUGAGCUUAUUGUAAACUGCAGUUUAGACUGCAUCAAACUUCAAAUAUAUGCUCAAAAAUAUAAAUCCAGUCAUUUUUAUGAAGGAUACAUUUUCUCAUAGAAGCUUUUAUUACCAAAAGGGGAUUAAGAGGCAUUGUGAGAACUCCUGAAACUCUUUAGUGGAAUGUACUGUAUUUUUGCAAUGUAGACUUGUAGAAGCAAUUGUCAUCUCCAUGAUAAGGACUUAGCUUGCUCUGAGGUCCUUACUGUAACUACUUGUAGUUGUGAUUGUACUUUCUAUACCUGUGAUUUUUCUGGUUUGGGGUGUGUGGAAGAACAGAAAAGAUACUUAAGUCCUAUUUUUGCCAUCUUCCAGGAAAUGCAAUGUACUGAGUAAUUUUGCUACUAGUGAAAUGAGAAUCUAUACCUGUAUGUAUAUAAAGGUAAAAUAAUCAAAGUUAAACCUGGUUUAAAAAUAGAUUUAAUGUUUGGCACAAUGUCCUUGAACAGAAUAUUUUGCUUUGAAAUGUAUUAUGACAUAAUCAGUGAUCAAUUAAAAAUAAAUAAAAAU